AUGGCACCAUUAACCAAAAGAAGCAAACAACUUCUAAAAGCUCACCCAGUAAUACAAAAUCAAACACUGAUAGAACCACCAAUUGACCUUAAUAUUUCCUCAACAUUUAGUAAUAAAGCUGUAAAAGCUAAACAGGAAUUAAUGAAUAAAAUCAAUAUUUUACCUGAGAAGCAAAUUUUUUCUACUUUAUCUAAAUGGAAUCAAGAUGUGGCAAGAAUAACAGUUUCAGAAAAUCUUCCAGGGACCACUUCUCAAUUCUCAUCAUAUGGGAUCAUGGCAGAUGAAAGUACAAGAGGUUCAAGGAAUGUGCCUGAGGGAUAUUUACAUAAAUGGAAAACAUUUUUGGAAUUCCUACAAAAUGAAAAUUUAAAUACAGAAAUUUUAAUAAUGGUAAAAUUUGGAGAGUGGUUCUAUGAAAAAAUAAUAUAUUUUUUAAUUGGCUCUGAUACUAACUCUAGUCACCCUCUACCAAAUGGGUAUUGUGCACAUCAAAUGCCUGACAUGGUUCAAACUUGGAUUAGUGAAUUAGAGAAUGUUGUGCAGGCACCUGAAGAAGUCUUCAUGGAUGAAUUAUUGGCAGCUUGUGAUCAUUUGAAUGAACAGGAAUUUCUGGAUCUGGCUCAAAGAAUGAAAAUAGUAAAACAAUAUAUAGAAAGAUUAAAUGAGAAUUUAAAAGAUCAAAACAAUACAUUUGGGUUAUUUGAAGCAUUGGAAAAAAAUAACUUUAGAGAACAGUUCAUUGCAUUUUCAAAAGUUAAUUAUAUCCAGUUAAAAGAAUUUCCAUUGAUAUAUGAUUUUGUUAGACAUCGUAUCUGA